AUGACGAUAGAAAGUGAUCUUAUUGAUACGCAUCAUGCCCCGCAAAACAACGACAUCCAUGCUGCAACCAUCAACCAAGCAGGAGAAGACGAGGAGGAAAUCAAAGCGGGAACAGUGGCCAUGGUUGCAGAACAAGACGACAUCACUACCGCCACAGAUAUCAAAUUGUUAGAAGCUCGAAGCGCUAUAUUGCUGUUAAAGAAUGAUGCCUAUGCCAGUCGACAUGAAUCCACAAUGUGGAUUCUAGAUCAUAUGUUUCGACCAUUGACAACACGCGAUUAUAAUGAUUAUCAAUUUCUACUUUUAUCAGCCAGUAUGAAACCAGCAUGGGAAAGGAAGAAAUAUCAGCCACCUUUACAGCAACAGCAGCAAGAGGGUCAUCUUACUGCUCUUCAUCAUCAGCAUCAAAUCGCAUCUUGUUCAGGAACAACUACCAAUGAAGCAACACCAACCCCGCCAUCAUCCUCUUGUUCAUCCAUGCAGCCAUUGGCUUCAGCAGCAUCGAACCGCCACCACAACAAAGUGUACAUCAUCACGCCUCGUACUCGCAUUUUGACAGUAUCCAAAGAGCAUUGUAUGGUGUUUGUAAUUGAUCUGAGUUCCAGUUUAGCCACCAUUGAAACCAGCACUGGCAAGGUCAUGAUUGGCAGUGCCUUUACUGUGUUGGAAAAUAUCAUCCAGGGCCUUGUCAAGCCAUUCUCGAUUUAUACGUCAGAUACAUCACCUCCCAUUGUGAUGGAAUACAUGAUUCGGAUCACAGUGAUUGCGGAAUGCUCGCAAUUUGGAUCCAACAUGAAUGUCAUACCCAUUCUAGCAGAAUACCCCACCAUGCGAGUGCUUUUACAAAACGCACAUGUUUCUAUCAGCAAUGUCACAUCGAUAUUGAGAACUCUUAAAGAGAUGAUUGACGCAUUUAAAAAGGAUUUGGGCAAAUUUCGCAAAAACCUCACCAUCAAGCGAUCCAAGAUGGGAUACGAACUGGACGUCAGAGAAGAUCAUGCCCAAUCUGUGGCUGAAAGCGUAGAAUCCAACUUUAAGCUUCAAAAUGCGCUGGAUUCACCUACAUCAGCAACAGCAGCAGCAACAGCAAUAGCAGCCAAAUCUCGCAAAGGAUCGCUGAGUGGUAGUAGCAGACCGAAUCAGCCGCCCACUCGACAUACCCGAAACAAGUCGAUAUCGUCCAAACAACAGCCCAAGAAAUCGGAUACCCAUCACACUACACACCAUGCGACGAACAAGAAAGCCACGAAUACAAGCUCCAACACACAUCACCAGCAUCAUCAUCAUCAUCAUCAUCAUAGACAUUCAUCUUCCUCUUUAUCAGCAACCACCACCGAGGCGGGCCCCACGAGAAGAACCAAUGCAAAAGAUAAAAAAGAUGUGUGGGGUGUUGGCAAAACAGGCAGUAGUUUAUCCUACAUAUUACGAGCAGGAUCCUUUGCACUGAGUCUGCUGCCCAAACACAGCGGGCAACCCUCCUUGAUUUUACUGACAGAUGGAGUGGUGAAAUCCAACAUACAAGAUGAAUCUGUGAUCCGGCACUUGACAGCGGAGCAUAUUGCUUGUAGUGUGGUUCAAAUUGGCCAAGACAAAGGCUUCUUUCCAGGCCUCAAUUUUGGGUUUGUGCCUGAUAACGAGAUUUUGGAAUUUGUAGCUCAAGCAACCAAUGGCAACUUUUCAUUUGCAGAACAUUGUCCCUCUGUCAUAGAGGACAUCAGUAGUAACAAUGUGAUGGAGGACCUCUUUUUUAUGCCGCCGAAUAUCUACCACCAUCGCUACAUGUUGAAAGAAGUCAAUUUGGAUCAUGCCCAUACGUCUCGAUUACUGCGAAAGAACAAGGAGAGCAACAACAGCCAAAACAAGGCAACCGACAAUGAUGCCUCUUCAGCAGACAACACAGCCUCGUUGCAGUCCAAUGGUGUUGGCACCGUGACGCCUGGCACAGUGCCUCAUUUCGGGCGAAGAGCGUUUCCUUGGGAUCCCAUGUCCAUCCCUAUUGCCGAGGAUCUAGGAAAACUCAAGUUCAAAGAAUACUUUCUCCCUACAGAAUGCUGGCAUUUCAUGCGAGCCAGACUUCGACAGGGCUUUGUGUUGCAAUCUGUGUCCUUUAUCGAUGAACCUAAAUCAGCUGCCUUAACCAAAUCUGUUAGCACGCUCAAACAACAACCUCAUACGGUAGAGGGACUACCCAACUUUCAAAGAAAACAAAACGUUGUGAUUGUCUUUAUACUGCGCUGGCAGCCCAACAUCACUGUUCAGUACUCUAUCAAAGCCCUGUGGACAUCCUCACUACGAUAUCAUUUAAAAUCCAUGUCACUGACACAGGAAAAACUGAUGAAUAUACCAGAGGAGCCACCCAACAUGCUGGAUAACGACAAUAUCUUUAGUUGUAUGCGAGCGCCCAAGGCAGAAAUCGUGAUCAAAUCUACCUCCACUUUUUCGCACAUGCUGCAUAACUGGGAUCAGUUUCAGAGAAGAAGCCAGAUGAUGGCAGUGCAAGGUGGCCAUUCCACCAUUGAUUUAGCAAGCGCGCCAGGGUUUAUCAAAGUUGGCAAGAUGAAGCGGUUGUUGGAGCGGUUGGCAGAUACGGACAGCAUGUUAAAGCAGCUGGUGCAGUUUAAUAUCGCUGACAAGGGACAGCAUGCAGCAAUGUCUUCUCAGCAUGAUUACAACAAUAGUAGCCUGGAUGCUGGUAUCAUGGAGUGGUCAUCUCGGUUGAACUUUAUCCAAAAGUUCAGUUCUCACUGGGCCAAAUUGGAGCGAUCUGAACUGCGUGUGUUUAAUGCCUGUUGGUACGAUGAACACGACUUUAAUGUGAUUAUCGGCGAUGCAACAGACUACUGUAAAGCGAACGCUACGAUGAUGAUGAAUGCGAUGGAUGUUGACCAGGUACAAACUGCGUUGAACGUAAUAUACGAUAAACUGCACCGAUGGUCUACGUUUAUAAGCGAAGAUCAGCAAGUAUACAUCAAGCUGCUCAAUGUGGGUGAGACUAUUAGGCACACAUCUAUCGUGGAUACUACUACUAGUAGCAGAAACAACAACAAGCGACUUUCUGGCAUGUAUAACAAUGCAUCUCACAGCAGCAGCAAAAAACACAUUGUACCUCAAUUCUGCGAAGUCAGAGUGGUAAGAGAAACAGACCGUGUGCUGUUGAUCAAGCUGAUGUUUUUCAAUGCGGAUAUACGUCUUGGUCGUUCUGUAGUGGAGGAACUGCAAGACCUUCUGCAAUCCAAUCCCAUACUGGACAGUGUACAGACACUCAACGUCAAGGGUCCAAGCAGCAGUAUUGCAGAAGACGAGUACUACCUGGAUACCAGCACCAUGACUACAGUAACAAAGCGACCCUUGUCCAGCCUGAUGAUGAGAGACUGCUCUCAUUUCUUGCCUGCUGGACAGCAAGCAGGAGGGCUGUUGGACAUCUCUACCAACAAACUCAAUAGCCAAAAGAAUAGCAGCAGCAAGGCACUAUGGUCUGUCAGUCCCAGUAUGCAAUUGACAGGCGAGUUUCUUGUUCGCAACUACUUGUAUCAGUAUACGUGGCACUGGGAUACUCAAGAUGUCCUCAAUGACAAGCAAGUGUUCCACCGCUAUUUCUCACCCAUCAUCCAUCUGGCGUUUGAUCAUAUCAUGGCUGUUCGCUUGGAGCAGAAAUGGAGCCUGAUCUCUUUCAACAAAUCGUUUGCCCAUUUCUACAAGGAGGUCAGCUUUACUAAUGAAGGCAGCCAUACGACACACAUCUGUUACUCUGCUCAGUAUUUCAUCUGGAAAGACGUGCCCAAGAAACGCAUCUCGACAGAACUAUGGCUGGAACCCAUGUAUGAUCAAACACGGAAGUUGUACGACGCGAUCAAGGCCGAGAUCUUUGACAAGGACAAGAGCAUCUUGUCGCAACUGAUUACAUUCGACAUCAUGUAUCUGUUUGGUAAGAGUGCUACAGCCUCUAUCGCACAUACAUUAUCAGAGCAUCUCAUGGAGAUGGAGGAUGAGACGAGAGGUGUGACCAAAUGGAUGCACAAGACGUCUCUGUUCAAUAUGACAUCUGCAUUGAAAUUGGGGCAGUUCUUGUUUGCUCUCUAUCCAUGUCCCAAUUACAAUCGCCAUUUUCAUCCAGAGGGAAGUGAUUCUGUCGUGGUAGAACAACAACAGCAGCAACAACAGCAGCAACAACAACAGCAGCAACAACAACAGCAGCAACAACAGCAGCAUCAAGAGGGUCUCGCCCCAGAAUCUUUUGAAAGUGCUGCCACCUACAUUCGCCGACGCAAUGGCGCCUUUGCCCCCAGUACAACACCCACCACCACUACGCCCACAGGCACAUCUCGUUCCCGCACCGUAUCUAGAUUCAGUCCCAUUGGAUCGCCAUUAACAACUUCCCGAACACCAUUAGCAUGGCACAGCGACAAGGGCAGCACGACAUGCACGUGCCCUCGACCUGAUGAACUGUUUUGCACAGAGAAAGACGACAUUUCCAAGCUGCGGCCUGUCUUGCGCGACAUGGCAUUACUUCAUUACUAUGUAGAACAAUCGUUGUCUGCAGUGACGGAUCGCAGUAUGUCCCUGAACAAGGCUACAACGCAUGAUGACUUUUGGCCUGCCCUCAUGAAGGAGAUCUUUGCGCAAGAAAACAAUAUUGGCGCACAUGCAAGCACGUUGUUUGUGGCACAGAACUUUCGUGAUUUACAAUGCUUUAUCAAGCUGUUUGAUCCCUCUGUCUUUAUUGUCAUUCUGAUUCCUCGACUGGAUGCGAUUGUCAAGGGUCUCUGCAAACUGGAUCAUGUUGCGGGUGCUGUAUCCCCGUUUGAGCAUAUGGGGCUGACAAUGUUUGAAUGCCAACGUCAAGACAAAGCCAUGCACAAUCACCACUACGAUGUGAAUCAUCACAUCAAGGUCAAGCCUAUUGAUUUCAACUCGUCCAAGGACUGGCUAGAGAGUCUUCGAUCUACACUAAGACCCAGCUUAUCCAGGGGCUACUUGUCUGGCACAGCUUUGAUCAAUGAAGCCCUGUCAGAUCGCACACUACGCUUAAUGCAGGACAUCGCCCAAGUGUAUUCCAGAAGCUUUGUCAAAUCCAUCUUUACCUGUCUUUUGCAUGGCAGAGCAGUGGAUUCAGAAGACUUUGAAAAGGUGCUCGAGAUUUGUGACGAAUCCAACCUGGAUAUUGACUUGACGGGUUAUUUAAACGUGCAAACACUGCUCAAACGACGAUCAAGAACAAGCGAAGAAGAACUCGUCUCUGCCAAUCAACGCUUCAUCUCUGUCUUGGGCCACUACUUUGAACCUGUGAUCAUCUCAAACACCAAAUGGUCCAACAUGUACUGCUACCGUCCUCCGUUUGCUAAAGUCGGCCAAAAGCUGGGCUUGUCUCUGUCGUCCGGUGAGAAGCCAAGCAAUUUGGCUGAUGUGGUAGUGUGCGCUCAAAACCCUCUGUUUGUUCGUCUAGAUUGUACGUUGCGCAAACCAGCAGCAUCCGGUAUUGGGUUCGAAGAAAUCACUUUCCCGCUUAAAAAUCUUCCUGUUUUGUACAAAGGAGAGACAGAGAGCGGCAUUGCGUACAAUUAUGAACCUGAGUCAAUUGGCACCAAGUUUUCUCCUGUGGGCUCUGCUGACGGCACUACAGCGACGUUGCAUUUAGUGUGUAUGACGCUGCCUCAAUCCGAAUACGAUCCUCCCAAUGCCUUGUUUUCGCACAAGUCAGGCUGUCCAGCAGACAGUGCAGUGCAUCAUCAAGCAUCCUUCUUGGAUGCCGAGAAAACACAUCGCGCCAGACUGCCUUCUCUGAGUCAAGACAAGCAAGACGCAUUAGUAGAGACAGAGGCUAGACUGACAUGGCUAUUUACAGAGGAAAUCAUGCACGGCUUGCUGCGAUCAGGCCCCAUCACGCAAAACGUUAUUCGCUACAUUGAGGCUCAAUUGAAAAAGAAGAACCCGUUUGUCGAUUUCCCAACUACCAUGUUUAUCCCACUCGCCUUUGUCAAAAACCAACGAGACAGCCGUCGCAUGUUCUUUGAGCAGCUGGAGAAGCACGACAAGACACCCUAUCGAUUGGUGCGUGUAGGCGAUUGCUUUUAUGCCAGCGAUAAUGGAUCCAGCUCAUUCGCCCUGCCAUCAGACCUACUUGUGGAGAGAGAAGCGGAUAAACAAGGUCAAGAAGAGGAGGACGAGAUGGAUGAAACGAUAUCCCUGUUUGAUGGCGAAGGACUGAACAUUACAACAGAUAGACGCAAAAACACCAACAGCAAGAGAAACAGCGUUAGCGACAGUGGCAUUGUACAUGAUGAAGAAAAGGAGGAGCAACAAAGUGAUGAGUUCUGUCAAGGAUUAGGUAUCAGUAUAUUAGAACCCGAGACGCCGGAUGAAGAUGACAGCCAUGCUGUCAAACCCGAGCCUGUGAGACCUCAAUUGUACUGGUUAUUGUUAAUACCUCAAGCACAAAAUGUACAAAUCUACUUUUACUCAAAGAUGCAACAGGCUGUCAAUCGCUCAGAAAUCAUCCGUGUCACUAAAUCCAUGGUAAAUGAGGUCAUGGAGAGGACCAACAAAAUGUCAUUAUUGCAAUACUUGCAUGAAACGCGCCGAUGCAGUAAAUACCUCUUAGCUUCUGCCGAAGAAGAAAAGCCAUUAUAUUCGUCUUGCGAGGAAUCCAGUGACGAAGACGACUAUGCUUUAUCCACCGCUCUCCCUUCUACUACUACUACUACCAUCAACACUACCGCCGCAACAACAGCAGGUAACAACCUUGUAGAGAUUUUAUCCACAUCAGGUGAAGAAACCACCUUUUCACCCCCUAAAAAGUUCUUGCCUGGUCAAUUCAGCUGCGAUCUCGUGUUUACAAAGCGGUUUCCGCUUCACUGGCGAUUAGCACCCAAUGCAGCCUAUAACAAGCUGAUGACAGACACAUUGCCUCCGUUCCUGGUGCAAAACAAGCCCGGUAUGUUUGUGUGCUCGCAUCAAGAUGCUGUAGUCUAUUGCUUUCUGUCAGAAGUGACGACCAUGGUGCACAGUGCUACUUUGUCAGACAGCUUGAAUCAGUCGUUCUUGAGCACAGGCAAUGCAGAUGACAGCAAUGGUUACUACAUGGCAAAUCCAGAGUCUCCUUAUGGCGGUGGUGUAGCAUUGACCGCGGCAAUGACCAAUGAGUCGGACGUGGCAUCCAAUACUACAAGAGCACGGUAUCCGUCGCAUAUGUACAACAACAAGCCGUCGCCUCAAGGAAGUAUGACCAGUGAACGUCAACAGUUCAGUCCUCGUCAGAGCCCAAGUUUGACAGAUGCAGGCGCCUCCGCCUCAUCACCCAUCGCUGGCAGAAAACCAGGCACAACACGACAUUAUGAAGGCCGAGAAUUGCUGCUGGAAGUGUAUGGCGUAGAGAUGGAUUACUACAUUGUCGAUGGUCUGGUGGAAAUGAUCAAUUCUCGCAUCACAUCUGAAAUCACACUGAAGGAAGUGCAGCAGUUUUUGGUACGCAAUCCCAACUCAAAGCUCUCUCGUGCUGAUAUCGAUUUCAUAUUGCCUGUUGACACGGAGCCCUUGGUGCACAGACAGCUUGGCGUGCCUUGUCUCAUUGAGAAUACAGUGCAUUUUCUCAAGAUCUUGCGCAAGAACUUGCUGACCGGAUCCUCCUUGCAUGUAUUGCACUCGAAUUACUUGCCUGCAGUGCUCAAGAAACAGCAUGAUUUGAGGUACUCUAGCUAUGACUUUAGCAGCAACAACGGCAACAGAGUGCUGGAUGAAAGCGGGCCUCGCUCUUCCUCUGCCACGACAGAUGAAUGGUCCUGUUUGGACUUUGCAUUCUACUACAACUAUCUCAAUAGAGCACCUGGCACAUAUUUGCCCUUUGAGCAAAAGAUUGGUGAAGGUGUUGCUGGUAUCUGCUUGUCUGUGCUGGACAAUCAAGACAUUGCCUACAGACGAAUCAUCUCAGAGCAAGUAAGCUCAUCGAAUGCAGACCUUAGUGACUUGGAUACUAGUCGACUGAUAUCAUGCUUGACUUCCAAAUUUGAGGACACAUCUGAUUGUGGUGAAAAGGUCAAGAUCAGCAUCGAUAUUUGGUCGCAUUGCAAGAUCAACGUGGACCAAAUUUACAGGUACAUUUACGAUUCGUUCAGGCAGAGUAUCUGUGAUUACAUUAUCGAAAAUACCGUGUCAUGUCUGCCUCUGGUCAAGUACGAUGACGAUGAGUUCAAGUCGUUGUCUACCUUGCUGGUAUUUGCUCUCAAAAAGGCGGCUGAGUGGGAGAGCUCUACUGUCAAGCAGUCCGUGCAGUCGAUCAAGAUAGCUCCUUGGUAUCUGGAUGGCAUCACCAUGCAACUCAAGUCGGACCUCGUCGAUAUCCAUCCAUCUUUGGAUCCCAUUGUCGCCCGAGCUGUCAUGACAUCUGCCUUGCUCGAUGAUGAUGAUAACGAAAAGAAGGACCAUACAGAAAACUUUAAACUCUACAAUCCCAGCUUGGAUAGACCGCGUGCCAGAAAAGACAGCAAGGAUAGUCUGGUAGCUCAGUUAUCUAUCAAGACGGGUCAGAGUGCCUUGUGGAAUAGCAAGGGCCAACCACAAGACAGAAAACUGGUCGAGAUACCUACAUUUGACAACAAAAACUACCGCUAUCUUGUUAUCAGUGGCUUGCCUGAACAAAACAUCCAUCAUUUCCCUUCGUCCACAUCGACUAGCUUCCGAAGAUCCAGUGCUGAGGCUGUCGCAGCAGAGCCAAAUCACCGUCUUCAUGGCCGUGGUAUCUAUUUUGGCAGUAUGGGAACCAUCAAUGCGAUUGGUGAAGACGACGUCCUUCAUCCAAGCCUUCAUUUGCACAAGACAGACUCCUUCAGCAGCAGUCGACGAGACGACAAUGCUAGUUUGCAUAGUCGACAAGAGUCGUUGGCAUCCAGUAUCACAAAGGCACUACCAUCUUCUUCGUCCAAUGUGUACCCCAAGCAACAGCCCAAACCAAUUGAACAGUUCAGCAAAGACUAUCCUCAUCAGCAUAGCUUUAUCGUAUUCACCAUAGAUUCAGAUGCACUGUGUAUUUACGCUUACAACUGCUCGGAUCAGUUUGUGGAGCACAUUUACAAUGCCACCAUGAAGAACGUGCUCCAACAAGAGACCAGACACAUGGGGUUGAACAACAUCUUGCACCAAAAGCUAGGUCUGUUCCAUCAUUCAGACACCAUGAUCAACAUCCUAUCUCGCAACUUGCAAGAGUCUGCGCCAUCAGACAUGAUAACACCACCCGCUUUGGUGCCUGCGACACCACUGCUUCAACACAGUGCCAUCACGCAAGUGCAACAGAUAGCAGCAGCAGCAGCAGCAACCAACAUCACGGGAAGAUCCUCGCCCGGUUUAGCCAAUACCAUUGGACGACUCGUUCAAAUGGAUUCUUCCUCGUCUAUUCCGUCCAUUGAUAGCCUUGGCAACAACAGCGAAAGAAGGUUCAGCGGCAAAGCAGCUGCAUCCACUACGCCUGCGGCUCCUGUGGCUGUGGCCGAUUUUGAGAGCCUGCAACACCUUGUUACUAACAAUUACGAGUACAAGAAUCGCGCUUCUCGCAUGAUACAAGCUGCCAGACUCGGCCCCACGGAUAAACCGCCACUACAACAUUCAGCCUCUGUCUUGGAUAUCUACGACAAUGCCAACUUAUGCAAAUCAUACAUUAAUGGUAAUGGAGCAACUACAACUGAUCCAGCAGGAGCCGUGUUCACAGCUGUUCGAGGAGCAGAUGCCAAUACAGUGCUGCGAGAUGUCUAUGCUGAUUCCACAGAGGAUAACCGCAACUGGUACGAUAAAGACUACUUGUUACGACACGGUGAGCCGUACCUUGAAAUGUACCUUGCCAGAUCAAAGCCAUUAGCAGCACAUGAAAAGGCAUUUAAAGUGUACACUAAAUGGGCAGAUCAGUAUUACGGCCCUGGACAUACAAAGACGAUCGAUGAAAUGAUGACCGUGGAUGAACUCAAGCAGAUCCUCAAGGCAUCUCGACUGCUGCAUUUCUGCCGAACACCAUUGAUCUUUUCUGGUACCAACUCGCCCAAUUCAUUAGAACUGUCCAACAAUUAUAUCGCUAGUGUGGCUAAUGGAACAGCAGCAGCAACAGCAGGCACCUUGGGAGGAGUAGGGGGAGUAGGGUACGAGUCAUUGUUCAACAAGUCGACCGUCUCCAAGAGUGAGGAAAUGACAGCAUGGUAUGAAAGACUGUCCCGAGGCUUUAUGAGGGAAUAUGCUUCGUAUUUGGAGAGCAUUGGGAUGCAUUUGAUCGUGUAUGGCCCCUCCAAUGAUCAGCAAGACGAAAUAGAAGCCUAUCUGUCCAGCUUUACCAUCACAGAGGACUAUGCUGUCAAUUCUCCUGUGGUCUAUCUACUCCAGGUAUUUGAGGGCGGCUCCAUCAUGUGUGAAGUGCGUUUGACUGGCGCCUUUGUCUCUGUCACGCUGUACACACUGCACCGUCGCUACGGCCGUUUGCAAUUCUCGCCCUAUUCACACCAACGCAAGCGCAAGGAAAUUGGAAGAGAAAACUUUCAAAACUUCAUGACCGAAUGCGAUCAGUUCAAGCAGCGUAUUCACGUCAAUUCGUUUGUGUUUGACUUCCACUUGAGAUAUAUUCAACGCAGCUUGGAUGAUGUGGAGUUACUGCCUCCCAACUUGAAUUUGCUGAGCAUCAUCAAGAACACGGUGUCUGUCUAUGAUCGCCCUGCUAUUUAUGCUCGAAAUCGCAUCAUCAAUGGUUUGUAUGAAGUGGCUGUGGACGAUUCCCUGAGGGGACUGACAGCAUGGUUUAUGAAUACGGGAUCCAAGCUGGGGCUCAAGACGCUCAAGGUGGACAACGUGCCUGUUGCCUGUUUUGUUUCCUCGGAUGAUUUGACAUUUGAAAGCAACCGGAACGUGAAUGAAAACUACAGCAACGAGGAUGCGCCUUUCAGGUACACGUUGAUCAUGUGUCCUGCAGAUAAAUCAAGCACGGGCAGAUGGAAAGACAGUAUCAGCGUCCAUCGACAAGGCAGUUUUGACAUGAUGGGCUCCAGCUCUGUUCAUAAAAUAGUCAAUGAUCAAACACAUGUGGGAGAUGCUGAUCUGUCACCCAAGAUCCACCUGCAGUACUUCAUUCUGGUUACGUACCGAGGUAUGGAUCGCUGUACUUCCACAGACCGAUGCCAAAGAGCGUGGUCCAAAGUGCUUAAGGACAAGCCAAAACGAUUCACCAACUUUUUGGAUGAAGUGCUUUCGCCAGAAGCAUUCACGCUAAAUGAUGUGUUUGAAUCAGCCAAAAAGAAGAUGGAUCACAUUGUCAACAAGGCUGUACACUUUUUCCAACGGGAAGCACAUUGGAACAAGCUGUAUGAAAUUGUGCGUCCUAAUCUAUCCAAGGAACUGCCUCAAGAUCUGGUUCAUUUAGCUUCGAAAUUCAAUCCUGUUCAGCUAGGCGACGUGGACCCUGCGUUCAACAAGUUUCUUGCGCUGAAAGGGGUCAACUGGAAUGAUGUGCUGGACAACCUGAAACUGUUCUACAUGAUGACUUGCGGCGACAUUCAUACCAAAGACACCAGACAUGUAUUUUUAUUCAUUCCUAACACCACCUUUUUUCAUUUCGUGUAUACACCAGGCGAGCAAUGUCAAGUCAGUAUCAACUCAAAGGAGGAUCGCGGUAGCUCUGCCACAGCAUUGACAGACGAUGAAAAGUACUAUGCUAGCAAUCUAGCAACAAGCUUGUCUUACUACUUGUGGAAGCGUAUUCGCUGA